AUGGCUAGGAAGGAGACUGCAAGGGCAAAAGGGCAGGCGAGCAUAGAACGGUUCUUUUCAAAUCCAAAUCGAUUGCGGAGCUUUGAAAUACCGCCACCGAUCAUCAAGAAAAGUACAGCUAAGCUAGACAGGCAAGGGUCUUUUCUCAGCACAGCCACCGAUGACGACAAUGCUGGCUUUGAAGACGAAGACGACAUGGCCAAUUCCUCUGUAGACACCAGCAUCGAAAUGCUGAACUUCAAAAGCAUAGCGUUGAAUCGAGUCUUGCUGCUGCUGCUGCUGCUGCUGCUGCAUAGAAGGGGCCAAAUACUGCCCGCAAUUUUGCAGGAAAAAAAAAAUUCAUCUCGUCUGAUCAAUGUCUCAACGUUGAAUGACAAGAGCCCUUCACAGCUAAACGAAGCUAGAAGUGCAUCUUUCGCCAAAAGAACCGCCAGCGACUUUUUAGAGAAUGCCGACUUUGACGGUCUAGCAAGGAAACUACAAAGAACACAAGAAAAGCAGCAAACGGUAGAUGCUGCUUCGACACAUCUUAGUCAAGAUACCUAUCUAAGUGACGAACAGCUCGAUGUGAUAGACGCUGCGGUCAACCGCAAGCUAAACAUCUUCUACACGGGAAGUGCCGGUACUGGAAAGUCGGUUGUUCUUCGAGAAUUGGUCAAGCAGUUCAAAAUGAAAUAUAGAGACAACGUUGGUGUCACUGCCCCAACUGGAAUGGCCGCGUGCAAUAUCCAAGGACAAACCAUUUUCAAAUUCUUGGAAAUCGCCAUGGGUAACCAGCCUGUAGAUGUAUUGGUAAAGAGAAUAGAACUGGUGAGUCAAAAGUUAAGAAAAUGGCAGCAGUUGCAAGUAUUGAUCAUCGAUGAGAUAUCCAUGAUUAGUGGCGACCUAUUUGACAAGUUGGAAGAAGUGGCGAGACGUGUGCGUCGCAACAAUAAGCCAUUUGGUGGGAUUCAAAUAGUUUGCUCGGGCGAUUUUUUCCAAUUGCCACCGGUGGGCAAGGCAAAUGUCAAGCCAAAGUUGUGUUUUCAAGCCAACGCCUGGAUCAAGGUAAUUGAAAAAACCAUUGUGCUCAAACAAGUUUUCAGACAAAAGGGCGACACUGAACUAAUUGAUAUGUUGAAUGCCUUGAGAUUGGGCGAGUUGACCACCACCAUUGUAAACAAGUUUAAAAGCUUGAGCAGAAGUGUUGAAUACACCGAUGGCAUCGAACCAACGGAACUAUAUCCUCGUAAAGACGACGUGGCUAGAUCAAAUAACCGCCGAAUGCAACGGUUACCGGGGGAGACUGUCCAUUUCAAAGCUAUAGACUAUGCUGCAAACGAAAAUUAUAGAGAUCAAUUCAACCAGUUAAUGUGCGAGGAGGAGUUGAGUUUAAAGGAAGGAGCCCAGGUGAUGAACAUUAAAAACAUAGAUGACGAGUUGGUGAAUGGAUCGUUGGGAACCGUUUUAUUUUUCACUACCCAAGGGUUAUUUUUCAAGAUUUUGAGUCUCUACGAUGAAUUGGACGUUGACGAUGCGCAAAUGUUGGGCGAGUUGCGGCUAUUGCGCAAGAAGAUUGGGCACACUGAUGAAUGGAGCGAACUGGAUUUGAAAAUCAUUGAAAAGAUCCCCGAUAGCAGGAAACCGAAAUUCGAGGCUCUAGUUCAGAUUGCGAUACAGGAAACAACGGAGAAGCUACUUCCCGUGGUGAAUUUCAAUUUCAAUGGCAGAUACGAAGCCAAACUUGUUCAGCGGCAAGAUUUCCCCAUCGAUGUUUCACUGAGAAGCGGCGCUGAGAAGCCCUACCGAGAGCAAUUGCCGUUGAUAUUGGCCUGGGCAAUGUCGAUCCAUAAAUCGCAGGGCCAAACCUUGCCGCGCGUGAAGAUUGACUUGGCGAGAAUAUUCGAGUUUGGUCAAGCCUACGUCGCUUUAUCGCGAGCUGUCAGUAAGGACCAUUUGGAAGUGAAGGGAUUCAGCGCAGAUAAGGUCAAAACUUCCCAAGAUGUAAUUGAUUUCUACAAGAAAAUCACCAGUUGA